GCUUAUAAGUCAAGUCAAUAAAAAUAGGAUGCGCUGUGAAUAUUUAGCUUUUAUGGUCUGCUUUUUGAGGCACCAACCCAUAACAGCAGAUCAAGCUCGGGGGAACCAGUCUCUGACGACACCAGAAAAUUCAUGGAUAGGUGGCAUCCACCACCCAAAUUUUCCUUGGCCAGACGAAGGCAGUGGCGAAAACAGUACAGCAUCCACAUCCCAAUUGGGGGCAAAAACAACAACAACAACUACAAGGCCCCUUACCACAAAAAAACAGAACCCACGUUGUCAGUAUUCGAAAAGACCAAUUGCCUUCAUCUGCGCUGUAUUUCGUGAUAUUAUAAAUGGAAUAGUUGGUAAGAAGAAAGAGUAAGAAUUUCAGUUGAUUAAGGAGUAGCUCUCCAUUGAUUGCGUUGCUUACUACUCAUAAUAUAUUGGUUUAAAUAUCUGUAAUAGUCGAUCAUGAUCAUAAAUA